AUGCAAUUAAACAUUUUUACAUCGUUGCUCAUUGUUGCCAACUUAGCAAAUGGGCUUGUAAUUCCACAAGCUGCAUUAGAGUUGGAGCAUGAAGUUGAACAUCAGUUAUCUGCACUACUUGGAGAGGGAAAGGAACCAGCUAAACCGUUAGUCAAUUCCACAGAAUUGCAAGAUUUUAUUACCCGUGACGCUCUGUAUGAACGUGCGCAGACAUUGUAUGAUAUUGCCGGAUACUCAAACAAAUCGAUGGGACACCCAACUAGAGUUAUUGGAAGCAAAGGCCAUUGGGGUACUAUUGCAUAUAUCAAACACGAGCUUAAAAAAUUGGAUGGCUACUACGAUGUUUCAAUACAACCUUUCAAGGCCUUUAUGUCUGAAAUUUAUUCAUUCAAUGGUACAAUUAACGGCAAAACUCCAGAAUCUUUGGUUGCAAUGGACAUGACUCCUCCAACACCUCACAAGAAACCAGUUAAGGGCGAUGUUAAAUUGGUUUCUAACAGCGGCUGCCAACUAGAUGACUAUGUUGAGAUGUACGGUAAAAUUGCCCUUAUUAAAAGAGGUGAAUGUUCUUUCGGUACAAAGGCACAAUUGGCUGCACAGAAUGGUGCUAAGGUGGCAAUUAUUUAUAACAACGAAGAUGGUGACAUUAAAGGUACGUUAGGGGUACCACCUAAAGGUGUUCAUGUAGCACCUGCUGUUGGCUUGAACAAAGCUGAUGGUGAGUAUUAUGUUGAUUUAUUGAAUAAGGGAGAAUUAGUGGAAGCUGAAAUUGCGAUUGAUUCGUUUGUCGGCCCAAUCACAACUGUUAAUGUUAUUGCUGAAACAGUCGAAGGUGACAGCGAUAACAUAGUCAUGUUGGGUGCACAUUCUGAUUCGGUCGGUGCCGGUCCUGGUAUUAAUGAUGACGGUUCAGGUACCAUUUCCUUAUUAGAAGUUGCCAAGCAAUUGUCCAACUUCACAGUUAAAAAUAAGGUUAGAUUUGCAUGGUGGGCUGCUGAAGAGGAAGGACUUCUAGGUUCCAAUUAUUAUGCUGAAAACUUAACACCAGAGGAAAACCAUAAGAUUAGAUUAUUUAUGGAUUACGAUAUGAUGGCAUCGCCAAAUUAUGAGUAUGAAAUCUACGAUGCAAAUAAUGUAGAUAAUCCAAAGGGUUCAGAAGAAUUGAAGAACUUAUAUAUUGAUUAUUAUAAAUCAAGAGGUUUGAACUACACACUAAUUCCAUUUGAUGGACGUUCUGAUUAUGUCGGAUUCAUUGAAAACGGUAUUCCGGGUGGUGGAAUUGCAGCAGGCGCAGAGAAAAACAACGCAGAAAACGGUGAAGUUUUGGAUAGAUGCUACCACCAACUAUGUGACGACUUAAGUAAUAUUGCAUGGGAUGCGUUUUUAAUUAACACCCAAUUAAUUGCACAUUCUGUUGCAACUUAUGCUUCUGAUUUGUCUGAUUUCCCAUUGAGAGAGUAUGAUGCUGUCAAUGCGAUGUCUUUCCCUUACAGAGGUGACAAUUUAAUUAUUUAG